AACCUUUUCUGCAUACAGGCGGAAGUUUACAGUUGGAUUCCCCGACCAUCCUCCCUGUCAAAUAAUUGAAGAAAACCUAUCCCAGACUGAGGCACCAUGUCUGAGCCGGAGUCCCCGGAUUCUAGUGUUCCAGCCCAGAGGAGCUCACACCGGGGUCCAGAGAUGGUCUCAGUGAAGCUGGAGGACUGCAGUCAAACACUGGAACUCAGUGUGGUUGUCAAAGAUGAUGAUGGUAAUGACGUGGAGGAGGCUGAUGAAGAGGAGGAGGAAGAGGACAGCGAUGAUGUAGACUCUGGGCAUAACGUUGUGAAAGUGGACAUGGAAGAGGAGGAAGGAGAAUCAGUGAAGACGGGGCUUGCUAUCAUUAAAAGAGAUGCAGCGGAGGGGGGAGGUGGCGGGGAUGGGACCAACUCAGGAGGGGGCGCCAACUCGGACACAGACAGCGCUGAUGGGGAGAAUGAACAGAGUUCGAACGGCCAGAGUACAGUGGAGAAGCCACACCCCUGCUCCCAGUGUGGCAAGACCUUCGUCACCGUGGGGAGCCUGAAGAGGCACACACAGACCCACAGCGGAGAGAAACCCCAUCAGUGCUCCGUCUGUGGGAAAUGUUUCUCUCGCUCAGACGACAUGAAGAGACACCUCACCAUCCACACAGGAGAGAGGGUGAGCCACAUCUGUCACCAGUGUGGGAAGACAUUCACCAGUCUGGGAGGGCACAAGAAACACCAGAUGACCCACACAGGAGAGAAGCCGUUCCAGUGUUCAGAGUGUGGGAAAGGAUUCACUGCGCAGGGUAACCUCAAGAUCCACCAGCGCAUACACACAGGGGAGAAACCGUACCAGUGCUCCCAGUGUAAGAAGAGCUUCUCCCGUCUGGCCCACUAUAAAGACCACCAGCAGACUCACCGGGAGGAGAAACCGUACCACUGCAAUGACUGUGGGAAAAGCUUCUCCUACUUCAAGUCGCUCAAGUGCCACCAGAUGAUCCACAAAGGGGAGAACCUCCACCACUGCUCCGUAUGCGAUAAAGGGUUCGCCAUCCGCGGCAACCUGAAGACCCACCUGCAGACACACACCAAGGAGAAACCACACCAGUGCUCCGAGUGCGGGAAACGGUUUUCCAGAGCCCACGACCUGAAAAAACACAAGCUGCUCCACACGGGGCAGAAGACCUACCACAUUUGCCAGUGUGGCAAGAGCUUCACGGAGCUGGGGAACCUGCGGACCCACCAGAGAACCCACACGGGGGAGAAACCGUUCUGCUGCUCCUUCUGCGGCCGAACCUUCUUGCGGGCUGGAGACCUGAAGAGCCACCAACGGACACACACCGGAGAGAAACCAUUCAUCUGCGCCAUAUGUGGGACCAGUUUCGCCCAAUCUGGUAACCUGAAAGUGCAUCAGAUCACACACACCAAAGAGAGGCCGUACCCUUGUACUGUCUGUGAUAAGGGGUUCACCACACCGGGGAGUCUGAAGCUACACAUGAGGACACACACAGGGGAGCGGCCGUUCCUGUGUAGUGUGUGUGGGAAAGGGUUCACGGCGUCAGGGCAGCUGAAAAGGCACCAAGAGUAUCACCUGAGAGAGACUGUCCAAUCAGCUCCUAGUGAAGACACGGGAGUGGCGGUGGCUUCAAAAUAAAAGUCCUCUAUAAGAGGAUUACAAAAUAAAGAGUACUCGAAACGUGCCGUUGUAUGUCUGAACCGUGAUCAUGAUGGAAGGUUUUACUGCUUCAUGAUGUCCCAAUUGGCACCCCAUCCCCUGGCUCUGGUCAAAAGUAGUGCACUAUAAAGGAAGUAGUGUACCAUUUGGACCUACACUGGUUCUCCCUUUGUCCUACUGCAAGAACGUCUGUCGUUUACUCUAUAAGCCAAAUAUGACGACUCACAAUAAAAGCUUUUAAAGUAUCAGAGAAUGUGAUGUAUUCUGAGUCCGGAAUGGCACCUUAUUUAGUGCACUACUGUUGACCAGGGCCCCAUAGGGUUCUAGCCAAAAGUAGUGCACUAUAGAGGGAAUAGGGUGCCAUUUGGGACGUAGUGUGAAUAUGAACGAUACCGAUGAUCUUUAAUGUUAAAAGAUAUGUCACGUCACGCAUGUAUUCUACCCUUUAGAAUGUACAGUAUCUAUCUGAUAUUGAUCGUAUAAUAUGCCGUUCCAAAUGGCACCCUGCUCCCUAUAUAGUGCACUACAUUUGAUUAGAGCAUACAAGGGCCUAAAGUAGUGCACUAUAGAGGGAAUAGGGUGCCAUUUGGCUACGCAGACAUACUGUAUAUUGUAUUACAGUACUUAUGGACACAUUCUCUGGUAAACACAGUUGACUGUUUUGUCUCUUUAUCAUAUGAGUAUUGGAUCUGAUUUGAAUAAAUAACACUCAUGUUAUUCUA